AAAAAGACCAUAGCAGACUCAUUGAGCUGUUGAGCCACAGUUGACAUGCCAUCUACAGAAUGAAGCUUGUGCAACGAUACAAGAAGGUGUGCAUCGCUUCAAAAUGAUAUGUUUUCUCAGUGACAUUCUUAAAUUUAUUACCUCGUGCUACAGUCAGUGGUCUGCUUGCAUCGUGGAAAAUUUUUUUUGAAAUUCGAUCGCCGGUGGACACUGCCUGACCAUUCACAGCGCACCCGUCACAAUUGGAAAAGAAGAUAUAAAAAUUUCGUUGAAAGGAUGACAAAUGGUUCAGUCUACAUCUCCCCUCCAAGACUUCUCUCCUCCAAACAUGGGCAAGACUGUACAGGCCAUCUCCAACGUCAGCGAGACUGAAUUCAAGGAACAAUCUUUCAAUGUACCAGACCUUAAUCCAUUUGAGGUGUACAUCAAGGUGAAGGCCUGUGGGGUAUGCCACACUGAUUUGUACAAAUUGGUUGGUAAGACUGAUGUCGUAGCUGGCCAUGAGACAGUUGGUCAAGUCAUUGAAACUGGAUCCCUGGUCAAACACCUGAAGGUUGGUGAUAUGGUUGGCUUUGGCUACUUGAAAUCGUCUUGUCUGGAUUGUGAGCAAUGCUCUUCUGGAAACGAAAUUCUAUGUGCCGAGCGUGUUCGCUUUCCUGAAGGAUUGGGAGGAUUUGCCCACCAAGCGGUGUUCGACGCCCGAUUCUGCUACAAGAUACCCGAAAACAUUGAGGCAAAACAUGCUGGACCUCUCAUGUGUGCUGGUGCUACUGUUUUCUCUGCUCUCUACAACUACAAUGUUUCACCUACCCAUCGUAUUGGCGUUGUAGGAAUUGGUGGUCUUGGGCACUUGGCUCUCCAGUUUGCAAGAGCCUGGGGCUGUCAUGUAGUGGCUAUUUCGACCAACUCGAACAAAGAGGAAGAAGCAAGAUCUUUCGGAGCUCAUGAAUUUUGGAAUAGUAGUGAAUUCUCAGAUGAGCAGCUUGAAAAACUGGACAAACUUGACUUCAUUCUCAACACAGUCAGCGGAGAUUUGGCUUGGGAUCAGUACUUUUCUCUGUUGAAGCCCAAUGGCACUUUUAUCUUGGUUGGCGUGACUGAAAAGCCAAUGACUUUCAACGCUGGCAUCUUCCUAGGAUAUCAAUUGAAAUUCGCAGGUUCCCUUGUAGCAAGUCGUAACGUCAGCAACUUAAUGUUGAAGUUCGCCGCAAGACAUAAUAUCGAACCUCAAAUUGAGGAGUACCCUAUGACUGCUGAAGGUACGGCACAGGCGGUACAAAGAGUUCGCGAUAACAAGACACGUUACAGAGCUGUGUUGAUUGCUCCAGAGUAACGACAAAUUAGACAAGAAGGAGAAAUACAAGAGGGGUCGAUG